AAUAAAUAUUGAUUUAUAUAAAAUAUGAGUAAUAAUGGAAGAGUGCAAGUGUAUGAGAAAUUAUGUUAAUGUCUGACCACAUUAGAAUUAAGAAGAUAUAAUCAUCAUGCAAGAACUCCAGAAAAGGACAUUAAUUUGAUAAAAGAAUAAAUCAAUCAAGUAUUAUAAAUAAUAAUCAAAAAAAGUAUCUUAAGCAACAUUUUAAGACCUUAUGUUACUCUACUGAAUUACGUAAGACAUUAAAAAAGAUCAUACUAUAAGGUGAGUUACAUGAAAUGAAUUAUAACUGGUAAUUCUUUUUAAUUAAUAUCUUAGGGUAUUAUUGGAGUUAUCAGGUGCAAGAACAAAAAGAGUUUAAAAUCCUAAUGUUUAUGAUGAAGUAACAAAACUAAGAACAGACUAUCCAUAGUCUUAUUUUUAAACAAUUCAAUUGGUAUGAUUGACAAAUUAAAAUUAGAGGAUGUUGUGAGAACUGUUUCUCCAACUUUGAGAAAUAAGAAUAAAGAAAGAAUAUAUGAAAGAAAUCAUGAAUAUGAAGCUAAAAUAGAAAGAAUUCUUGUAGCUUAUUCUAUCAGAAAUCCAUUUGUUUCAUAUUGUCAAGGUUUAAAUUUUAUUACGCACUUUUUGGUAAAUAAAUUAAAAUUUUCCGAAGAGGAUGUAAUUAUGAUAGUAAAAUUAAUAGACUUUUUGGGCAUUAAGUUCAUUGAUAGAGGAAAUAAUGCCAUUAGAUUAUUAUACUAAUAUGAUUAGUGUUAUGGUAGAUACUAAGAUUUUAGAAUAUUUUAGUAAAAUAUAUGUUCCUCAAUUGUUAUAGCAUUUUAAGGAGAUUUAUUUAGAAGCUAAUUUUUAUGCAAUUUAAUGGUUUGUAUGUUUAUUUACUCCAAAUUUACAUAUAGAAAUAGUAAAGGAAAUAUGGUUAAGAGUAAUGGUUUAAGGUAAUCGAGCUUUAAUAGCGUCAGGAAUAGCAAUAUUAUUUAUAUUUGAGAAAGAAUUAUUAAAGUUUUCAGAUUUUGGAGAUUUAUUAGAUUAUUUUAAAAAGAGUUUAAAAGAAUAUAAUGAUAUAAAUGAAUUUAGAUUUGUAGUAAAUUAAAUAGAAAUAAAGAAAAAGCCUUUAUUUGAAGCCAGAGAUAUGUUUCGUAAGAUUUUAGAGAAAGAACAUGAAUAAAGUUUAGGAAAUGAAUCUCCAAUGUUAGGAAAAGUUACAUGUAAUCCAUAAUGGACUGUUUGUAAUUAAGUGAUACAUUUGAAUAAAACAUUGAAAAGAUCAUUUUCAUUUUUUGUUUAUUGUUAGAAAGAACCAUGUAGAGUGAUUAAUGAUUAUUGGGAUAGAUAUGAUGAUUCUAGUAGUAAAUGUAGUAGUACAGCAUCUAGUCCAAAAAAAAAGAAAUAAAAAGAAUAAGGUCCAUAAGUAUUAUUAGGAAGAUAAUUUCAUAUUUGUUAGAAUAAUGAUCUAGAUGAAAAUGACAAAUAUUUGUAUCGUUCAACAUUAUUGGUUCAUUAAGAUUUAAAUUCAGAAAUAUAAAGUAAUGAAGAUGAUGAAGAAGAAACUAUUGAAAAUAAUGAGAGUGUUAAAUCUAUUGAAUAAGAGAAUAAUAGAGGAAGAUCUAUAACUAUGAAUAGAUAUAUGCCUAGAUUAAGUGAAUAAGGAUAUGAUGGUUUCUAUAAAUAGGCUGUUUAUUUAAUGAAAUAAUAACAACCUGCAGAACCUAGAAAAAUUAGUGGAGAAUUGAAUUUAUUCCCUGAAACUAAAAAUGAAUAAGUUUAACAAAAAUAUAAAGUUGCUAGAUAAAGUAUUAGUAGCAUUGCUUUUGCUACUUAAUUUGUUCAAAAAUGA